AUGUCUAUAAAUCUAAUUUUCAAGGUCUCGGGUGGUUCAUCGUUCGAGGCGAAUUUCGACCCGGAAACUACCAUCGGUGAUGUUAAGAAGAAUUGUGUCAAAACAUCAGGAGUCCCUGCAGAGCAGCAGAGGCUCAUCUAUAAAGGUCGGAUCUUGAAGGAUACCGACACUAUAAACCAACAUAAAAUUGAAAGUGGCCACACCAUCCAUUUGGUCAAAGGCGCUGCUCCUGCUGGCAGUAGUGCCCAACCUGCCGCUCCUACUCCUGCUGCUAGUCAGCUUGCUGAGCCCAUUGCGAAUCCAACACCGGCGCCGUCAUCAUCGACUACUGCUCGUCCUACUAGUGAUUAUAUGCAACAAGGUAUGGCCCAGGGUGCUGUGAUGCAGGAUCCUCAGAUGAUGUCACAGAUGAUGCAGAGCCCUAUGGUGCAGCAAGCCGUGCAGGCACUUGCUGAGAAUCCUCAGCUGUUACAGCAGAUGAUGGGGACAAACCCGAUGAUGCAACAGAUGAUGGCCCAGAACCCUCAGACGGCUGCUAUAAUGUCGAACCCCGAUCUCCUUCGGUUCUUGAUGAACCCGCAGACGAUGCAAGCUAUGAUGCAGUUGAAUCAAACUAUGGAGGGAAAUCAGCCACAACAACAAGGUAUGGCAGCUCCUGCGGCUCCGACACCCACGCCUGUACCCACUCGUGCUACUAGUCAUACUAUAGUGCCUCCUCCGAAUUCUCCGACGGGACCAUCGACUUCUGGACAGCCAGAUUUUGCUUCAAUGAUGCAGGCCAUGCAGAACAACCCUCUGAUGGCACAGAUGCUAGCUGGUGGUGGAGACGGAGCUGUCCCCGCACCUAAUCAGGCUGAACUGGAGCAGAGAUAUGCUAGCGAAUUGGGAACGUUACGGUCAAUGGGUUUUGUCGAUACGGCGGCCAAUCUUGAGGCGUUGCGGGUUUGCGAUGGUAACGUUGAGCUUGCUGUUAAUUACCUUUUCGAUAUGGGUGCUGGCAAUUAG